GGAAGUGGGCGGAGCCAGGCUGGCUGGGGGGACAAUGUCAGCCGAUUGACUGGGUCCGGCUUUUUUCUCUUUUUUCCCCCCCCCGCCGGAACCCACAAGGCCUGCGGGUGACCACCGCCGCGGUCGCCUCGGACUGUGGGUCCCUGACCGCGGCAGGCUGCGGCGGACGCGAAGCUUCUCGGUCCCUUGCAGACGCUGUCUGGCGAGAUCCCACGUGAACAGAUAUGGUCCAGAACUGUACAUGAAUCACAUUAGUUGGAGAUCGUGAGCAUUCAAUAAUGAGUGGUGCAGCUUUAGGACUUGAGAUCGUUUUUGUCUUUUUUCUGGCAUUGUUCCUCCUUCAUCGAUAUGGAGACUUUAAGAAACAGCAUAGACUUGUAAUCAUUGGAACACUGCUUGCUUGGUAUCUCUGCUUUCUUAUUGUCUUCAUACUGCCACUGGAUGUUAGUACGACAAUAUACAACCGAUGCAGACAUGCUGCUGCAAAUUCCAGCCCUCCUGAAAAUAAUAAUGUCACGGGAGUGUAUGCACCUGUCACCCCAACUCCGAGGCAACACCCAUGUUUCAAGCCAUGGAGUUACAUUCCGGACGGGAUCAUGCCAAUUUUCUGGAGGGUAGUUUAUUGGACAUCACAGUUUUUAACGUGGAUUCUGUUACCUUUUAUGCAGUCAUAUGCAAGAUCUGGAGGGUUUUCCAUCACUGGAAAGAUAAAAACAGCCCUGAUUGAGAAUGCAAUCUAUUAUGGCACUUACUUGCUGAUAUUUGGAGCAUUUCUAAUUUAUGUGGCUGUAAACCCACGUUUGCAUUUAGAAUGGAACCAACUUCAGACUAUUGGGAUAGCUGCUGCCAACACAUGGGGUCUGUUUCUUCUUGUGUUAUUAUUGGGGUAUGGCCUGGUGGAGAUUCCUCGGUCAUAUUGGAAUGGAGCCAAAAGAGGUUAUCUACUUAUGAAGACUUACUUUAAGGCAGCAAAACUGAUGACAGAGAAAGCAGAUGCAGAAGAGAAUUUGGAGGAUGUAAUGGAGGAGGUUCGUAAAGUAAAUGAAAGCAUUAAGUAUAACCACCCAUUGAGAAAAUGUGUUGAUACAAUACUUAAAAAGUGCCCUACAGAUUAUCAGGAAAAGAUGGGUAGAAAUAUGGAUGAUUAUGAAGAUUUUGAUGAAAAGCGUAAUACCUACCCAAGUGAAAAAAGCUUGGUAAAAUUGCAUAAACAGGUUAUUUAUUCAGUUCAAAGACACCGUCGAACUCAAGUGCAGUGGCAAAUUCUUUUGGAACAGGCAUUCUAUCUAGAAGAUGUAGCAAAAAAUGAAACUAGUGCAACUCAUCAAUUUGUUCACACCUUUCAGUCACCUGAGCCAGAAAAUCGAUUUAUCCAAUAUUUUUAUAAUCCUACAGUUGAAUGGUACUGGGAAUGCCUGUUGCGGCCAUGGUUUCACAGGAUCCUUGCUGUGGUUUUGUCCAUCUUCUCUGUGAUCGUUGUCUGGUCAGAGUGCACCUUCUUUAGCACGACUCCUGUCUUAUCUCUCUUUGCAGUCUUCAUACAGCUGGCAGAAAAAACAUACAAUUAUAUUUACAUUGAGAUUGCUUGCUUCCUUUCCAUCUUCUUCUUAAGUAUCUGUGUUUACUCUACUGUGUUCAGAAUUCGAGUAUUUAAUUACUACUACUUGGCUUCACAUCAUCAGACUGAUGCUUACAGUCUUCUUUUCAGUGGCAUGUUAUUUUGCCGUUUGACUCCCCCUUUAUGUCUUAACUUCUUGGGAUUGACCCAUAUGGAUUCAUCCAUCUCUCACCAGAAUACCCAGCCAACUGCAUAUACAUCUAUCAUGGGUUCCAUGAAAGUUUUAUCCUUUAUUGCAGAUGGAUUCUAUAUAUAUUAUCCUAUGUUGGUGGUAAUUCUCUGCAUUGCUACGUACUUUAGUUUGGGAACCCGUUGUUUGAACCUGCUUGGUUUCCAGCAGUUCAUGGGAGAUAAUGAUAUGACAUCAGAUCUAGUUGAUGAAGGAAAAGAAUUAAUCAGACGAGAGAAAAGAAAAAGACAAAGGCAAGAGGAAGGUGAAAAUCGAAGAAGAGAAUGGAAAGAGCGUUAUGGACACAACAGAGAGGACUCCACUAGGAACAGAAAUGUUCAUCCUGACCCCAAAGAGUCAAAUUUCUCAGAUACCACUACCAACUGGUCAUCCAAGUACACCAGGGCUAAUAACAGAACUGAAAGAGACCGAAUAGAACUUCUCCAGGAUGCAGAACCUUUGGAUUUUAAUGCAGAAACAUUCACUGAUGAUUCUCUGGAACCUGAAUCAGGAAGGUAUCAACCUGGUGGACGAUAUCUCUCUAUGUCUUCCAGCAUAAUAUUUGAAGAUAUCUAAAGUCUGAAGAAAUUCAUGGCUCAAGUAACCAAGGUCAUCACAUCAGCUCAGCCUUUAUGAACAUCAUUGUGACCUACAAUUCAUCUGUACUCUCUGAAUAAUAAGGAUAACAAAAAUGGCAUUGAAAAUGGAUCCCAUCUUAACUAUAUUAAGUUAUUGUUUGUUAACUAGAGUAUCAUCUUUUUUGAUAGGAUUUAUUAUAUACCAUCUGAAGUGUCUGCCUUAGAAGUGUAGUUAAAUGGAAGGAUUCAGUUCAUGAUAAAGAGAACACAGUUUGUUUCAAGUUAAUUUUUUUCAGGAGAGUUAUUUUAAAGUUCAAGGAAAUCAUAAGUCAUACUAAAUACUACUAUUUUAUAACUGUAAUUUAAAUUUAUUCAACCUACAUUUCCCAAAGAAGUGAAAGUGAACUGAGACCUCAGAUAAUUACUGUAUUUACAAAACCCAUGUCUUAAAAUAAGGCUUCCUUAUCAGACAUAACUGAAUGUAAACAACUCUUCUUCCGCUCUGUAUACAAAAUAGUGGGAUUUUGCAUGUGUAAUUAAGAUUACUCUUCAAUUGAUAGUGUUAGUGUCUUUGGCAUGUGUAUUCUAAUUGAGUGAGGUGUUAUUUUCACUCUUUGUGAUAACUGGAUCUUUUUAUGGUUUUCAUAUUAUUGCUUUGUAAAAGAUUUUCAUUUCAGAGAAAAAUAUUCACCUUUAGCAUUUAGCAUACUGACUUGACACUGAUCAUUCCAGCCAAGAAAAAAAAUAAUAAAUAUUAAGGAUGGGUAAUAUAUAUAUAUCCAAAGAGUUCCCCAAAUUCUCUAAUACUUAAAAGAUGCCUGUUAAUACUCCUUGAAAAGAAAAUAUUUGGCUAUUUUGGCUAUUCAGAAGUAAAAAGAAAAAUAAUCCAUUUAUGAUUAUUGCUAGCAUUAAAAUUUUAACUUAAAAAUGUAUUAGGAUGAAAAUGUGUAGUAAUAAUUUCUUUGUUAAACAUGCUUAUUAUUUUAAAUUGGUUGUUUCAACCUUUGCAUUUAAGCCAAAGUUGAGUAUUAUGUUUUAAAGAGCCAGUGUUUUAUUACAAAGUGAACAUGAUUUGAGCACAACAUAUUUGCAGGGAUUGUUCUAUGGUCCUGAAAUAUUUGUGUUUCUUACAGAAUCCAUUCUACAUGAGUGACCAGGUUUGAACUUGUCCAGACAGUCUCGCACCUAUUUUCCUUGCAAUUAUUCCUAGUGCUUACGUGUUACUUUACCAUAUGUUGAGGACAUAGUUCUAUAUAGGUACUGAAAGGAAGGAUGCAUCAUUCCUCAUUAUCUUUCUUUUUUAAUGGUCGUAUUUUUUUAUAGCCUUUUAAGUAGAGCCCCUUUUAAAUAAUUAUCAAUAGAUAGAUACUCUGAAUUGAAGGUUGCAUGCCUGCUUAAUUCAAGGACACAUAAGGCAUAUAACCUUUUACUGUGAAAUGCGGUCAGAGAACAGUUGACCAGAGCAGUGAUAAUGUAAUGCUGUUUAUAAUUUCGUGAUUGGUUCCUGAAAUACCUUGUGCAGAUCUUGGAACCUUUCAGUGCCUCAAUUUCUUCAUUUUUCAGAAUGAAGGACGUAUUUGCUACUUACCCACUGAUCUACCUCACGAAACUGUUGUGAGGGGGUUCGGUUGAUGAUGGUGUGCUGGGCUGUUUUGUAUGUUUGUUUGUAUUUGUUUUUUUUUUUUUUUUUUUUUUGGUUUUUCGAGACAGGGUUUCUCUGUGUAGCUUUGCGCCUUUCCUGGGACUCACUUGGUAGCCCAGGCUGGCCUUGAACUCACAGAGAUCCGCCUGGCUCUGCCUCCCGAGUGCUGGGAUUAAAGGCGUGCGCCACCACCGCCCGGCUGUACUUGUUUUUUAAGUAGUACUUUGAAGGUGAAAAGGAUGAUUAUCACAGUAAGGGGUCUUUGAGAAGCUUUAAAGUCCCCAAAGCAAAAUGAACUAAUUAGUCUAAAGUCCCUGAAACAGUGUUUCAUCAUUUGUUCUGUGGAUUUACUUUGAAAUAUUUUUCUUAAAUAUGAUUUUUGUUAAAUUUUUUUCUUCAUACUCAGAUGCUGUUCUUGUAAUGGAUAAAAAGAGAAGAAAUGUCCAAUUUUACAGUUAAUUUUGAUAAUACACUAAACAAAUUGAUAGGAAUGUAUAAAGGAAUUCAGGUAUUUUCCUUUGAAGUUACACUAAUAGAAGCAUACGUUUAUAUUCAUAUGUAUAGAUACAUAUGUACACACACAUAUAUACUGGGUUUCAUUGUGGCUUUUGAGUUACUUCCACAGUGAAUUUUUGUUUCAGUGAUCCAGAAUGUUCAAAUUUUUAAAGAGUUUCUCUUACAGGAUUUUGUAUGCAACAACGUAGAAAAGUUACUUUGCUGAGUAAAUUUGUGUAUAGAAGGCAAUGAUUUCAUGCUAGAAGACUGAGUUUAUUUCUGAGGAAUUAAGUUAAUAUUUAUUAAGCUUUGUGUAAAGCAUUGAUAGUAUGUACAAUAUUUUUAUUUUUGAGACACUUAUUAAUAUGUAAUGAUACAGUCACAAAAAUGUUACUACAGAGUUCAUAUGCAUUACAUGCAAAAUGGUUUUCUUAAAGAAUUAUUUCUGAUACUUUUUCAUGUCUUUCUUACAUGCUAAUAAAUAUUUGAUUAGAAUGAUCUAAAGUUUAGGUUUUUUUGAUACAGGGUCUUAUUAUUGCCCAGGCUGGCCUCAAACUGUCUGUAUAACUGAGGAUCACCUUGAACUUCUGAUCCUUCUCUUCCACCUCCCAAGUUCUAAGAUUAAGGACAUGUGCCACAGCACCCAAAUCAAUAUUUUUAAAAUAAUUGUUAAGAAUAUUUAACAAGCUAAUAACUCAAAAUAAGUAUUAUAUAAAAAAAUCUUUAAAUUUCAAGAAUCACUUAUAUAUUGUUAAUUUACAUUUUAAAACUGCAUGAUCAUUUUAUUAAUUAUACAUUUUUAUAAAAGAAUUUUAAAUAAGAAUUAAAACAUAAAGGUAAUUAUAAAUAUUUGCUAUCGUACCACAUUCAUACAAGAGUUUUAGAAUAAUUUCAUCCCACAAAAGGGUCUCACUUCACACAAGUGGUAAGACUUAAAGUAUGGAAAGUUCUUAUCAUAAAAACAAAUCAGACUCAACCGCCUAAACACCCCAAAAAAGUGUUGCUUGUUGAUUUUUCUGGCCUCUACCAUUUAAAUUGUCUGAUCUAAAAUUUAAGCAUAUGUGUCCAAAGUAAGUGUAGGUGGGAAUUUGUAAGAAAGGCAUUGUGUAUUUUUUAAAGUUUUUUUUCAUCAUGCUAAUGGACAAAUUUCAUUUGUUUAUUUACAGACUUCAUUUUAUAUCUUUAAUAGGUUUAGGGAAUAUUUUUGAUCAUAUGCUGAUUACCGUAUUAAGAGGAAAUAAAACCUACAAUUACCAUUUAGGCUAUAAAGUAUGAUUUGUACUUAGAAUUUGAAUAGGCCAUGUCUGAAAAAAAUCAAGGAUGAAAGAAUAUUUGUACUUAGAGACAAAACAUGCCCUUGAGAAAUCUGAGCACACUUGAAUUUUCAAAGUGCAGUAGACUGUAUAAAUUUAACUUUCAAAGCUAGGAAGUAAGUGUGUUUAGGGUUGCCUUUCCUUUGUGCCUCCCUCUCCCACCCUCCCUCCUUCCCAUCUCUGUCAUUUGACUUUCAGGAUGCUGACAGAUUUUUCUCUUUUGUUUGUUUUAUGUACACAGGUUUGUUUGUUUGUUUGUUUGUUUUUUGAUGAGCAGUACACUGAAAAGGAAUUACUUCUGACUUCAAACCUCAUUACUUGAAACAGCAGCAUUGUACCUAAAGUAGUGAAACAGACUGCUGGAUGAAUGAACAGUGUCUGAAUAGAAGUGUGGUUCAUACUAGCUCAGUGCACUUUCUUUUAUAUGGCUAAGGAGAGCGCUGCAGUAAAAAUUAUUUUCACUGUAAAAAUUUGUAUAAAAUGAUUUUAAAAUGCCCAACAUUAAGAACUGUGAGUGCCAGAUGGUGGUGGCACACGCCAUUAAUCUCACCACUUGGGAGGCAGAGGUAGGUGGAUCUCUGUGAGUUCAAGGCCAGCCUGGUCUACAGAGUGAGUUCCAGGACAGUCUCCAAAGCUACACAGAAAAACCCUGUCUCAAAAAAAAAAAAAAAAAAGGGUGGGGGGAGAAAAAGGAACUCAUAAAAAUGUUCAUGUUUAAAAAUGGAACAAAGGGUUUCAGGAGUCUUUGUGAAAUCUGAAUUUCUUUUUUGGUAGUACUUCCAGAUUAGUGGUUUUUUUUUUGUGACUGGAGACUUGGAAGACUAGACAGGUUUAGCCCCAUUUCCAGUACCUGGAUCCCAGCCCCAUGGGGCGGCACUACCCUCCUUUCCACUGCCAAGGAAGCAUGCUCUCACCUCUAAUUUCUUCCAUAUUAGCCAGUAUAACAACAACAACAACAAAAUUCCAUUUUCAAAGAAUUUAUCCAUUGAGAUCAGGCGAGGUAUUGCUAUAAUUUAAAUUUUUCUUAAUAAAGUAAUACUUGGUAUUAUUCUGUCAUCUCUAUCCUAAAAGAUGUUUCAGUUUCUUCCCCAAAAACCUUUUCUUUUGUGAUUAUGUUGAUUACAAAUAAUUUUGUAAAAGAAUUUUCUGUGUUUGAUGCAGAAGAGUGGCAAACUGUGGCAGGCAUAUGUAAGGUGAAUCGACAACACAUAGAAGUGCACAGCAUUUAGAGGUGACAUUAUGGCAGGACUCCACUGUCUUUAUCAAAAGAGAACUGGCUAACAUCUUCCCUAUUUGGCAUGCCAAGUUGUAGGGAAGAGACUGUGUUAUUUAUUUAUUUUUUAAAUAAUCCAAUGGAUUUGUUUUUGUCUGUAUUUUGGGAACAACUUGAAGGAUUUUUCUCAUUUUAGAAGAUAGAGAAUAUAUCUAUCUCUUAAAUACUAUAACCUAAUAUAUAUAAAUUAUAGCAUUGAAAAGUACAAAGAGCUCUAAUUAUUGAUGUUGUUAUUCCCUGGUAUUUCAUUUUUAUAAAUGUUUUUGUAAGUAAGUAAUUGUAAUAUUGCUUUUAAAUAGUUUUAAAGUCAUCCUUAAAUAAGUUCUGAUCCAACAUACUACUUUGAUACAAUAUUCUAAAGUGCAGUACUCUGAUGUGAAUUUGGAACAUGUCUGCAUUUCCUUAGUUUCUUCAUAUGUAUGCAUACACACACAGUACCCAAGAAAAGUAUACCAUAAGCCUAAUUUCCUAUUGCAUUGAUAAAGAGCUUGGUAUUUUGCCAUUAUAUAAUUCAGUUGACUAGAUGAAAUAGAACAUAAAUCUUUUUAAAUUGUAUCCAAUCACAAUUUUCAAAAUGGUAACUCUUCAUUUUGGGGGUGCAUGAUGCCAAGUUUAUCUUUAAUCAGCCUUUAUUACUGGAUGUAUAACAGUGGAUGUUUUCCUACUUGUCCAGUAGGUUGUAGAUUUAACUAUUUUUCUGUAGAUUCUCACUACAUUUUCAAAUCUAUAUUUGGAAAAAACUGCAAAUUGCUAUCAGUAAGUAAGUUAGCAUCUUUGGCCUUAUCUAUGCAUAAUGUUCCUUAGUUUGAUUUUGACACACUCAUUGACUCACAAUUCCUUUGUAGUAUUGUAACUGACUGUGAUGUAAUGAAUUUUUGAAGUGUUUAUAUGAUUCAUUAUUAAAAUAUAUAUAGCUUUGCAUGAAAUAAAUUACAUUUCUAUGAGCUACA